AUGUUGCUGCUGGCCCUGCGGAGCUUUUUCUUUGUGGCCGUCAUCCUGGGCUACAGCACCGGGGUUUGGCGGCUGAUUAACGACUACUUCCGACGGGGGUUUAAAGAUUUCCUAGCGGAGGAAGUGAAACGAAACCAGCACCUGCUGGUCGAUCCGGCAGAUGGGGGUAAAUCGGCAAACGAACCUCCGCUGCCAGUGGCGUUGCCCGUCGGCGAUCCGAAACCGUCCUCCGGUUCGGUCACAGCCAACCGACUGCUGGACGAACUGAUCGUCAGCUUUGGACGGCUUUUCACCGCCGCCACCCCGACCAGCCAUAAUGAGCGGGGGGAUUUCUCCAAGGGACCAGAUAGAAAACACAAGGUGAAGACAAGUACCUUACCAGGUCCCGGAGGGACCCCACCAGCUACAACGGAUAUCGAAGGGAAACAACGACCGAACAAAGGCGAUAACAAGAUUUGGUCAACUUCCUCGUCAUCAACUCCGGCUGCUGUUGCUCCUGUUGGUGGUCCAACCGGUGCAGAGGACGACAAUAACGAGGAGGACAAGUGGCUAAACUACUGGCGGCGGAAGCAAUUUGGUGACAAGCUGAAGCAAGUUGAACCGGAUGGGGGUCACUGUGAAGCACUCCCAGCGGACGACGUCGGUGGCGAUGCCGCCACCGGCGGCUGCCAUCCUUAG